AUGCGAACUGACUUCUCUCUUGAAGCUUUAAAUGAGGCAAAUAUUUACCGUUAUUACCCUAGAAAUCGCCUUCCUUACCAUCGCCGUAUUCGUCAUGAUCAUCAAGGGGAAAUGGAUUCGCAGCCGCAACCCAUCAGUGUCAGGCGACAUGGGUCGAUUUCUCCAGGGAAUAGCCGCGCCAUGAAGAGCAAAGAACGUGAUACAGAGUACAAUUGCAGCCAAGAUAGGAGGCAGCUUAGCGUGUUUGAUUCUCUCACGACGCAGACAGGCGGGGCUGCAAGGGAUAGCUUUGGUUGCGCUCCAUACAAGGCCAUUUACAAUUUUACCACUCCACCAGAAGCAUUUGACGGUGGGAACAACAGUGAUGAUGACAACAGUAACAGGAACAAAAAAAAACGCGGCAGUAGUGUUUUUAGUGGUGGCCGAAGGAAGAUAAAUUGCGGGGAAUGCGACAAGAAAAUGGGUGUGCGACAGCCGGACCUGGACGUUCCAUGGGAACUUCGUGAGGCUUUUAGUGACCCGAUUUGCAGCUACUUUGACUUUCUUGGUACCAAACAUUUUUGGUUUCUAGUUCAAUUCUCAGCCCGCGUAACGCUUAUAGGCAUGCUUAUUCCUGCUGUGAUUAUUGCCUUGGAGAGCCAUCAGAAGGAGUAUAUGUCUUUUACGUAUACACUCCCGGCUGUUAUUCUUGGUGCCGAUAUUUACGUAGGGGGUUCUGCUGUGUUUCUGGUACAGUUCCUGAAGGCAGGAUGCAUUUGGCUUCCACUCGCCACAGCGUCUGCUGCGCUGGAAUUGCAUCGUAAAUUUGUGGUUUGGCUGGUGGUUUACUUCCUUUUGCUUUUCUUUAUUGCAUGUCUCACAAGAAAUGUGACGCAGCGUAUUUGUCUUCUGCUUAUUAACAUUUCUCUGGUGGGUCAAUUGAACGGUCACACCACAUUAAUGUUUCCCUUGUAUUUAUUAUUGAGUUGGCUUAUUGGUCUUUUGUUUGGGUUUGCCGCCAUCCUUUUGCCGUACCCAGUUUUGGCAACACGGUCUGCUCACUCCAUCAUACGCCGGCUUUUUACGAAUGCCGGUACGGCGUUUAGAGGCCUGUCGACAUGCUUCUGGGCUGUUUCCAACACGGAGCGUAGCAUGGGGAUGGUGCGUAUCCGGCACGUCACGCGUUCACUGGACAUUCUUCUUGACAAAGCGGAGAAUGUGGAGAAAUUGGCCUUGUAUGAGUUUCUUUUCUUUGAAAACUACGAACGUCGCAAGGUGCGACUGGAGAAAGCAGAUCUACUUGAUAAUUUACGCCUCAAUUUGCGUUCCAUGACACGAGUCAUUGACAUUGUGCAGGAUAAUGCGAAUAUCAUUGACAAUUCCAGUCUCUGUAUUCAAUUCGGUGAAAUUCUUUCUCAAUCAAUGGAGGGCAUCUCACGUUAUGUGGAAGAAUUACUGGAUGGGAUUUCAGAGGCGCAGACACGUCAUGAUCUUCUGAAUCUUGGCCCUCGCUUUGAGGCGUGUGGGCGCAGCAUUAAAAAACUUCAAGAGGAGUUUAGUGCGGGAAGUCGUAGGCUCUUUUACGAGAGGGGGCAUACGGAGAUGGAGGAGUUUGUUCCGCUCAUGACGUUUUUUGUCUUUUCGGUGGUAAAUUUCUGGUCGGCGCUGGACGAAUUCCACCAACAAGUGCGGAUUGGAAGUAAAAAAUCCGAUUGUGUCUCGCCAAAGCGCGUGUUGGAUGCCAUAAAGCGUCCUUUUGUAAAUAACGUGGUUUUUCUAAAGAAACUUUUUCUAAAACGCAGUGAGGCGGAAGUGCGGGUGUUGGUAGAGGCAGGGAAAAUCAGUGUUGCCAUGUUGAUUGCUUUGUUGUUUUUUUAUUAUGUACAGCCGGAAUUAUUAUUGUUGUCAGGGCCAACAAUUAUUGCGUUUCUAUCGGGUGUAAAUCCGGUGCAUGCGGUGCAAGGAUCUUUGGCGCGAUUGACAGGGACGUUAUUUGGUUCUGUGGUUGGUUUUUUUGCAGCUUCAUUGUGCAAAACGAAGGUGGAUUUUAUCAUUAGCCUGUGCGUGAUCACAGCCGUUUUGACAUUCUUCCGGACUGGACAAAAGUUUGGACUUGUCUGCAUGUACGCCAAUUUUAUUGCCAUACCGAGUUUGUCGAUUGAUUCCCAAACGAAGACCGGCAAUGUAGUCAGUCGCAUUCAACAAAACUCAUUUGCCAUUAUGAUUUACUGCCUGAUUGCGGUCCUUGUCUUUCCGAUUAGCCCUGGGAAACUGCUGAUGAAGAAACGUAUGCGGAUCCUGCAGACAAUUGCUGAUAUUAUGGCUAACAUGAUGGAUUUUUAUCGGGAGCCCCUGCAUAAUGAGCCCUUAAGAUUUGACAGCCAAGAUGGGGAGUUCUUACAAGUUAGCAAGGCCUUUGCCGCCCCUCACAUUGACGGACACGGGGGAGGGGAAAGUACGUCAGGGAAAUCUGGGAACAGGUUGAAGCCGGCGGGGAUUGUGCCGACGUUCAUCAUGAUGCCGGAGCGGGACUUUCGUAUCUCCAAUCUGUUUGAUAAGGUGUGGUAUCUGCGACGGGAGAUGGCACAAACCGCGACCAUCAUGCCAUUUGCAGCGGAUGAACGGGGUAUUAAACCGUUUAUAUAUCCACAGAAGGCCUGUGAGGCGGUUCACACUGCUCUUUAUCGUAUUUUCGCUCUUGUAUAUACAAUGGUAUGCAGCUGGAGACUGAUGCGAGACAAGGGAUACUUUACACCGGAGGUACGUCGUAUUUUACUUUACUUGUACCCUGUCGCCAAUGACAUAAAACACAGUCUGCAGCGCUUCGUGAAUCUCUUGAGUUUCUACGUGGCACAUCCCUCCUCCUCGCUGGGGUCGGAGCUGACAAAAUGUCUCUUGCAGUUCCGUGCUCUUGUGAGUGAGUUAUCCGUAAGAAAACACCGUGCCAUUUUGGCAAUCAUCAGAGAGGCGGUAAGGAAGCAACGACGGCGUGAAGGUGAGGCACAACACAUGCGUUUUUACGGAAACGAUGGGCCUGAUAACGGCGGCAGAAACGAAUUCGGCGCAACUAUCUCUUCGACGACCGUGGAAGGAACCGGCAAUGCGACAAUCGCCUGGGAGCGGCAUCGACGUUUGCGGAACGGGGAUGCGCCGGAGACGAUCCGGGGUGAAGACACUUCAUCGCAGCUUACGGACCGCGAUGUGGACGGAGCGGUGGCGGACGCGGGGAACGAGGCAACGUCAGAUUUGCGCAAUGCACCAAAUGAGCCAGUGACGGCUACGAGAGCGACGAGCGGCAAUUGUCGUUUACCGAUUCCGGGGGAGAAAGAAAGGACGGGAGAAAAUGGCACGGCCGAUACUCUCUCACAAACACAACGACAACAACAACAACAACAGCAGCAGCAGCAGGGGCAGCACCACAGUCCCAUUGAGAAUGUUUCUUUGCGCUUUCCUAGCUUGUCUACGUUAUUGGAUACCGACGUUUCAGAGGGCAACGAAGAUCUUCCUUUCCAGGGCUCUGUGCACUUCUCCGAGAGUUUUACAAUGCCCAUCACGGUGUCUGACGCAGAAGGACUUCAUUCCAUUACACUCGCUUUAGAUAUGAUGGGGAAGGAACUAAAAAACGCCCUUCUUGCCUUUGAGGACAUGGUGCAGGCGAAAAACUAUUGA